AUGCUAAGUGAUAGAGUGUGUGGAGAAUUUGAAAGUAUAUGGAGGUUUUUUUCCGAUGAUUUAACUGAAUCUAGAGAAUAUGAUUUUAAGUCGUCAAUGCUUAAGAAUUACUGCCCUAAACCUGGAAACUGCAAUAACGAUAUCGAUAAGAUUAAUGCUGGGUGUUUAUGGUUAUUUAAUAAAUUUUAUGGGAAUAAUAGUAAUUUUUCGAUUUAUGCUAAUGGAAAUAUGAAUAUUGUUGUAUACUUUAUGACUUGGUUAAGCUAUAAGUUAAAUCAAAAACCACAAAGUGGAGUCAACAAGUUUAACGACUUUUAUAGUAAACAUAUGAAAAAUGUCAAGGAGUAUACGAAUAAUAUAAAUGAUGUUACGGGGUAUACAAGUUAUAUUGAUCUUAUAAAUAAAAAAGAAAAUUUGAUGGAUAUUGAUAUUGAGCUUAUGUCUAAAUUUUAUGAUUUAUUUAAAAAUUUGUGUAAAAUGUAUAAUGAUUUUUCAAAGAAGAGCAAUAAUAGCAAAAAGUAUAUAGAAUAUGCCAAUAAAUUUGCUGAUGAAUAUAAAAAACUUUUUAAUGAUAAUGAUAAUAAUAUUAAAGGAAGUUCAUAUGAUCAAAUAUUGACUACAUUAUCAAAUGAUUAUAAUUAUUUUAAAAAUUAUUGUAACAAAAUUAACGACGAUUGUAGCGAUAUUCCACCUCUUCCAGAGAUAAAAACAACACAAGAUUAUGUACAAGAUUCUGGACAAACUCCUGUCCAAAAUUCUGAAGCUACAUCACCAAGUUCGCCGAUAACAAACAAAUUAAUUCCAGUUUUAUCGAUAAUUGUUGCAAUACCAAUAUUCUUGGGAAUUUUUUAUAAGUAUUCGUUAUUCGGAUUUCGGAAACGAUCUCAAAAACAAUAUUUAAGAGAAAAAAUCAAAAAAUAG